CGGCCCGGGCGCGCGCAGCCGGGGAGUGUUUGACGUGGCACUUCCCAGCCCAGCUGCAACUCCGUGCGCCCGAAGAGCCUGUGCCGACACCGCGCGGGGGAAGAGGCGCAGCGGAGGGCUGCGGGCGCGAGGCAGACUCUCGGAUGCCCAGCAGCGUACGGGAGAGGCGCGGGACUAGGACCAGGGGAUUUUUGUAGAACUGUUCUUUGGAAUGAUAGUUUCAUGAUGAGUCAACAAGGGUAUGUGGCCACACCCCCCUAUUCCCAGUCCCAGCCUGGAAUAGGCCUUUCUUCACCUCAUUAUGGGCACUAUGGUGAUCCCUCGCAUGCAGCUUCUCCACCAGGUAUGAUGAAGCCAGCAGGACCUCUCGGGGCUGCCACUCCUGGGAUGAUGUUGCCUCCUGGCCCUGCACCUCCUGGAUCCCAUCAAUUUGGCCAGAAUGGAGCUCAGGCCUCCAGUCAUCCUUCCCAAAGAUUUCCAGGCCCUUCACCUGUCAACAAUGUGGCUUCCUCUUAUGCACCGUACCAGCCAUCUCCACAGUCAUCUUAUCCAAGUCCUGUGUCUACUUCAUCCAUUACCCAGUUGGGAAAUCAGUUGGGUGCCAUGCAAAUCAACAGUUAUGGAUCCAGCAUGGCUCCUUCUAGCCAGGGGCCCCCGGGCCCUCCAUCAGCAGCAGCAUUCCAGGGUCCUCCGCGGCCUCCACAGCCAUCCAUUCUGCAGCCUGGAUCUCAGGUUCUCCCACCGCCACCCACCACACUUAAUGGCCCUGGUGCCUCAUCUGCUCCUCCGACAGCCCAGUACCAGCCCCCGCCUCUUCCAGGCCAGACCUUGGGCCCUGGAUUUCCUCCACAGCAGGCCAACUAUGGGCCCCAGAUGGCAGGUGCACAACUUUCCUACCCAGGAGGCUUCCCUGGAGGUCCUGCACAGAUGGCAGGUCCCCCACAGCCCCAGAAGAAGCUGGAUCCUGACUCUAUCCCCAGCCCAAUCCAGGUGAUUGAGAAUGAUAGAGCCAUCAGAGGAGGACAAGUUUAUGCCACCAACACCAGAGGCCAAGUCCCUCCGCUUGUCACUACAGACUGUGUUAUACAAGACCAAGGCAAUGCUAGCCCUCGCUACAUCCGUUGCACCACAUACUGUUUCCCAUGCACAUCAGAUAUGGCUAAGCAAGCUCAGAUUCCAUUAGCUGCUGUCAUCAAGCCUUUUGCCACCGUUCCUCCAAAUGAGACUCCCCUCUACUUGGUGAAUCACGGAGAGACUGGGCCAGUAAGAUGCAACAGGUGCAAGGCCUACAUGUGCCCAUUUAUGCAGUUCAUUGAAGGAGGAAGGAGAUACCAGUGUGGAUUUUGCAACUGUGUGAAUGAUGUUCCACCAUUCUAUUUCCAACAUCUGGACCACAUUGGAAGAAGACUGGACCACUAUGAGAAGCCAGAGUUAUCUCUAGGAUCUUAUGAAUAUGUUGCUACUUUGGAUUACUGCAGAAAAAACAAGCCUCCAAACCCACCAGCCUUUAUCUUCAUGAUUGAUGUUUCAUACAGUAACAUAAAGAAUGGACUUGUCAAACUCAUAUGCGAAGAACUGAAGACUGUACUAGAAAAACUUCCAAAGGAAGAACAUGAAGAGACAUCUGCAAUUCGUGUUGGUUUUAUCACAUAUAACAAAGUUCUCCAUUUCUUCAAUGUGAAAAGUAAUUUGGCUCAGCCUCAGAUGAUGGUGGUGACCGAUGUUGGAGAGGUCUUUGUUCCUUUAUUGGAUGGAUUCCUUGUCAAUUAUCAGGAAUCCCAAGCUGUUAUUCACAAUUUAUUGGACCAGAUUCCAGAGAUGUUUGCAGAUUCCAAUGAAAAUGAGACUGUUUUUGCUCCAGUCAUCCAGGCUGGCAUGGAGGCACUCAAGGCAGCUGAUUGUCCAGGGAAGCUAUUCAUUUUCCAUUCCUCCUUGCCAACUGCUGAAGCACCAGGGAAGCUGAAAAACAGAGAUGACAAAAAACUGGUUAAUACAGACAAGGAGAAGAUACUUUUCCAGCCCCAAACAAGUGUCUAUGACUCGCUGGCCAAGGACUGCGUGGCCCACGGCUGCUCUGUGACGCUCUUCCUCUUUCCCAGUCAGUAUGUGGAUGUGGCCUCUUUGGGUCUUGUUCCUCAGCUCACUGGGGGAACCCUUUACAAAUACAACAAUUUCCAGAUGCACUUGGAUAGCCAACAGUUUUUGAAUGACCUCAGAAAUGAUAUUGAAAAGAAAAUAGGCUUUGAUGCUAUUAUGAGGGUUCGUACCAGCACAGGUUUCAGAGCCACUGAUUUCUUUGGUGGAAUUUUUAUGAACAACACCACUGAUGUAGAAAUGGCAGCCAUUGAUUGUGACAAGGCAGUGACGGUGGAGUUCAAGCACGAUGACAAACUUGGUGAGGACAGUGGCGCUUUAAUCCAGUGUGCUGUGCUUUAUACCACCAUCAGUGGUCAGAGGAGACUUCGGAUUCACAACCUUGGCUUAAACUGCAGCUCGCAGUUAGCUGAUCUUUAUAAGAGCUGUGAGACAGAUGCCCUUAUCAACUUCUUUGCCAAGUCAGCAUUUAAAGCAGUUCUGCACCAGCCUUUGAAGGUCAUUCGGGAAAUUCUAGUAAAUCAAACUGCCCACAUGUUGGCAUGUUACCGAAAGAAUUGUGCAAGUCCAUCUGCGGCGAGCCAGCUUAUUCUACCAGAUUCCAUGAAAGUAUUCCCAGUGUACAUGAACUGUUUAUUAAAAAACUGUGUGCUGCUCAGCAGACCAGAGAUCUCCACAGAUGAGCGGGCAUACCAGAGACAGCUGGUCAUGACAAUGGGCGUGGCGGACUCCCAGCUUUUCUUCUACCCACAACUCCUGCCCAUACAUACAUUAGAUGUGAAGAGCACAGAGCUGCCUGCUGCUGUUCGUUGCUCUGAGUCCCGUCUUUCAGAAGAAGGAAUCUUCCUCCUGGCUAAUGGUCUCAACAUGUUCUUAUGGCUGGGAGUAAGUAGCCCACCAGAACUGAUCCAGGGAAUAUUUAAUGUGCCAUCUUUUGCACACAUCAACACAGACACGACAUUACUGCCUGAAGUGGGAAGCCCAUAUUCUCAACAACUCAAAAUGAUAAUGAAUAUUAUUCAACAAAAGAAGCCAUAUUCAAUGAAGCUUAUGAUAGUAAAGCAGCGAGAGCAACCAGAGAUGGUUUUCCGGCAGUUCCUGGUAGAAGACAAAGGACUUUAUGGAGGGCCGUCUUAUGUGGACUUCCUUUGUUGUGUUCACAAGGAGAUCUGUCAGCUGCUGAACUAACGGAAGCUUCUCUGUCACUGAUGUCACAUUUCAAAGGAGACAAUCUCCUUCUUGGUGCCUAAUUUUCCAAUGAUAACAGGCUAGUUUUGAUUUCUUGCUCAUUUUUCAGAAUGGCUUUCCAAGAUGGCAUUUAGAACUUCAGCGUUGGUGCUCAGGUAUAAAGCCAGUGAAGGUACAGUUGUACCAUAAAGGGAACAGUCUAUUUCUGAUUGCACAACUUUUUAAUUUUUAAAACUGAUGGAGUUUGCAUUUCAUGAAGAGCAUAGUUUACAGGACUGAAACAUUCUCAGUUUUCUUUCUUUGUGCUAAACAUAUAAAUUAUUUUUCAAACCGUAUAGAUUUGGGGUAAGAUGUUGUGUUGGUUCCUCUCCCAUUUCAAUGAGGGAAAACAACUUAAUUUUUACAUUAUACUUAAUUUUUUAAAACCAUGUAAGUCCACUGAACACAUUUCUCAACUUAAGGUUUGCAUAGCAGACUUUUAAUAACCUUGGACUCCCUCUGGUGGAACAAUUUGUGUUCUACAUUUUUUCCAUAAUUACAUAUUAUGUAUGUUAAAAUGAUUUGAGUUGUUUUGUCUAUAAAACUGUCUUUAUCAAUAUUCUUGAUGGUUCUUUGUACAAUUUUGAAGGUUUCUACCUGUAUAUAAAGGACUUUAACAAAGAUCAAUAAAUCACUUCAUGUACUCAG